UCUUGUCUUGUUCAGCAUUCAGUGUUGAGCAGCGAGCAUGGCAGCAGCAGCAGCCGAGUCCGAGGACGUCUGGGUUAAGCAGGAUGACGUGCAGCCCCAGCAGGUCGUCGUCACCAACAACAACCUGACCAACCCUAGCAAGGUCUUCUCACGCAAGCCCAUCAAGAGUCCUCCUCUGCUCGAGUUCGAGGACCUUAAGUACACUGUCCCUCUUGGACUACGUAGGGGCUCGAAGACGAUUCUGAAAAAUGUGUCCGGGAGCUUUUUGCCCGGAUCUCUGGUGGCCAUCAUGGGGCCUUCGGGCGCCGGCAAGUCUUCUCUCCUGGACAUUCUAACCGGAUACAAGGUUACCGGGGUGAACGGCUCGAUUCUGUCGGACCGCCAGCCGCGUGUUUUGUCCGCGUUCCGGCGGCUCUCUUGCUACAUCCAACAGGACGACCGUCUGCAGCCCCUGUUGACCACCAUGGAGAGCAUGACCCUGGCCGCCAACCUGAAACUCAGCAUCGAGGUCACGGCCAAGGAGAAACAGCGGACGGUAAACCAGGAACUGAUAAUGGAGAUUUUGGAGACGCUCGGUCUUGAGAACCACAUCAACACGAGAGCCUCCCAGCUUUCUGGUGGGCAGAGGAAAAGACUCAGCAUCGCUUUGGAACUGAUCAACAACCCUCUCAUUAUGUUCUUGGAUGAACCCACCACAGGACUGGACAGCUCGUCGUGCACGCAGUGCAUGCAGCUGCUGCGUUCGCUGGCGCAGCAGGGCCGAACGAUCGUGUGCACGAUUCACCAGCCAAGCGCCAGCCUCUUCGCUCUCUUCUCGCACGUGUAUGUAUUGGCCGAGGGUCAAUGCAUCUACCAGGGCGCCAACGAGAAACUGGUGCCCUUCCUCGACACCAUCGGCUUGCCCUGCCCGGCCUAUAACAACCCUGCCGACUACGUCAUCGAACUGGCUUGCGGCGAGUCUGACGAUAUGGGCACCAACGCUGAGGUCGUCCAAAAGAUGGUCCAGGGCACCGAGAACGGCAGGAAUAUUAAUUGGUUCAAGAAUCCAGACCCGCUCAUGGUUUCCAUCAGCAGGAGCAAUCUGUUCGCUAGCAAGGCCAAUGAUGAUGAUGCCGUCCCAACUGGCUUUUUCUCAAGGCUGCUGGUCAAAUGCGGAGUCGGAAAGAGAGUGGACAGUGCCGUUCAGGAAACUUCACAGUGGAACCAGCUGAAGGUGCUGCUCACCAGGGGCUACAUCAAAACCAAACGUGACACCACACUGACUUACAUGCGAGUGCUAGUGAACGUCAUCGUAGGAAUAAUGCUUGGCCUCUUAUUCUGGAGGUCGGGCAACCAGGGCAGCAGGGUGAUGGAGAACUACAAAUUGCUAUUCUCUAUUCUCAUCCAUCUCAUGAUGACGACAAUGAUGCUCACCAUCCUCACAUUCCCGAUGGAAAUGUCGAUUCUGAUGAAAGAGCACUUCAAUCGGUGGUACUCCCUUAAGUCGUACUAUAUAUCCACUAUGAUCGUAGAACUGCCUGUCGUGACUCUGGGCUGCGUCUUCUUCACCAUCAUAAUUUACGUGAUGAGCGCCCAGCCCAUGGAGUGGGACAGGUUCCUCAUGUUCCUGCUGAUUUCCCUGCUGGUCACCUACGUGGCGCAGAGCAUUGGUCUCCUCAUCGGAGCCCUCUUCAGCGUCACGAACGGAACCUUCAUUGGGCCUGUGAUCUCGGUGCCGAUGAUGAUGUUCGCCGGGUUCGGCGUGACGCUGCGGGACAUCCCGCGCUACAUGGUGCCCGGCACGUAUCUGAGCUACCUGCGCUACGGGCUGGAGGGCAUGGUACUGACCAUCUACGGAGGCAACCGCGAGCGGCUAGACUGUGACGCCAGGUACUGCCACUACCGCUACCCUGACAAGCUGCUCAGGGAGGUGGCCAUGGAUGAGAGCGAGAUGUACGUCGACAUCAUCGGACUCGUGCUCAACGUCGUCCUGCUUAGGAUCAUCGCCUACUACUGCCUCAGGUGGAAGAUCAAGUCCGAGAGAUAAGCGAAUUUCUCGUAAUUUUGCGCGAGUGCGGACACAAUAUUCGAUCUUUACUUUCGGGAGUUAACUGCUUUUUUUACUGCCAAAAAUGCAAAUUCGCCGUAAUUGUGGCGAGUCAGUGGGUGAAAUAUAUUUCUUGUAUGAAUAUUUUAGACUUAUGAACUUAUCGAAAAUAUUUAGAAAAAGGGAUUUUUAUAAGCAACUCUAUAUCAUUUCACCGCUGACGCAACGACUAAAUUUGAGUGAAAUGUGCAUAUUUAUGGUUGAAUGGAAUGAGAAAUUUAAAUUUGAAAUAUUAUUAACGGAGAGUGGAUGAUGCUCAAAUGUUGGAAUAUAUGGCUAGUCAGUAUUGCACAUUUUAGUUAAAACGUCAUUGUGAUAAUACCGCGUAAAUUAAUUUUCAUUUUGACUUUUCUGCAUUCCAAUCUGUAAUUUUAUGGAGAAUAUAUGACAAAAAAUGUGCCAAUAAUCACACUUUUUACAUUAAAGGCUGAUGAGAAUCAGGUGUUCAUAGAGUAUGGGGGAUACGAUUACUCUAACCCCAAAAUUUAUGAAUACACAUUAACAAAAUACUUUCCUCUUGACUUGUGAUAUAAUAGGAAAAGCAAAUAAAUAUAAAUUUCUAUUUUA